AUGGGCGCGGGCUUGGCGAAGUGCUGCCCGGAUGCGACGGACCUCAGCCACGCGACGUACAGGAACUUUCGACGGAGAGCGACGGUGUUCCAGAGGUUGUGCGCGCGCCGAGGCGCGCCAGUGGUGAGUGAGGGCGCCUACUUGCUCCUGCAGAGCCUGCAGGGCGACGCAUGGGACGCCUGUGAUGAGAUAAGUUUCGAGAGGAUGGACACCGCAGAGGCAUUCGACGAGAUUUUUGAGAAGUUGGACGUGCUGUACAGGUACACGCAGGAGGUCGAGUUGCCGGGAAGAUGCGACGGAUUUUUCGGAGAGUUCGCGCGGCAGCCGAAGGAGACGCUCAACGCGUACGUGCUCAGGCAUGGCAAGGAGCUGACGAAGCUGCGCAAAGCGGGACUUGAGCUGCCAGAUCUACUGGCAGGAUGGCAUAUGAUGACGCGAGCGGCGAUUCCCCAGUGGCAAGUACCCAACCUCAAGGCGCUGUGCAACAACAGGUUGACGGUGCAGGUGGUCACGGAGAGCCUGAAGACGAUGUUCGGAGGCGACAGCGUGGCGCACAAGAAGGACAUCGAUCGCGUGAGACGUACUUAUCACGGACGAGGCAGUCGAGAAGAAGGCUACUGGAUGGAAGAUUACUAUGAAGAAGACGAUGAUGCUUACUAUGAGGACGAGUACGACCCGCAUGAAGAGUAUCAAGAAGAUGACGAAUGGUACGAGGAUGACGAGGAAGUGCCGGAGGAUCUCGAGAACGCCUACGAGGCUACCGAGGAGGCCUACGCAGCGUAUGCGGAGGCUCGAGCUAAGAUGAACGAGUUGGCAAAAUCCCGAGGAUUCUGCCCCGUGGUGGCGCUGAUCGACGAGAAGCGUGGGCUACCCCCUCCAAGAGUUGGAAAUGCCAGGCCGCCAAAAGGAAGAGGACGCAGCAGCAGCGGCAAAGCGAGAGGCGCGCAGAAGGGCAAGCAGAAAGGACGAUACGGUGGACGAGCACCCUUCGGCGGUGGCAAGGGUGGCAAGCAUUUCGACGGCAGCCCGAAGACGACGCAUACUGGAUCUACGCAGCAACACGGACCAAGGUUCAAGCGGCGACGAGAUGGAGCACCCGCCAAGCACGACGAGGACGCGAAGAUGCUGUACGAGAUCGGCACGGACAACAAGUUGACUGAGAUUGUGCCCAGUAUGGAGACGGCGCACGGAUUACAACUCGAAGAAGUGAAUUUGGCUACGGGCAAAGGAGUUGGCGACAGUGGAGCUACGAAGCCAGUCAUGGGACUCGACGAGUGGCCGAAGUGGCGCAAGAAGUUGACGGACAUGGGCAUGGCCGACCAGAUCACGACGGAGCGGUGCCAGAAGACAUUCCGGUUCGGCAACGAUGCUACGGCGACGGCAAAGCAGAUGGUUACGUUCCCAGUCUGGGUUCGCAAGACGAGGCGCGAGAUCACGGUUUACCUGGUGCCGGGCAAAGUUUCUCUUUUGGUGGCUCGGCCGUGUCUCGAAGAAUGGGGCAUCGUGGUGGACUACCGCAACAAGAAGGCGAUGUACCUGGACGAAGUACCGCAGACGUGGAGCGACAUCGAGACAAACGAGAAGGGCCACAUGAUCCUGGACCUCUUGAGUUUCCCAGAGGACGCGCUGGAGAUCAAAGAGGAGUCUAGCUCGACGGACGCCGACACGGACGGAGAUCACGAGGUCAAGAGCGAAGAGGAAAUAUAUUUCUACGUGACCAGCACCCAUGGCGAGGAGAAGGAGGACGCGGAGACGACGAACUUCGACGCCGAGCAGCUGAAGGACUGGUUUACGAAGGUUAACAGGACGCUCGACGAGAAACCCAAAGUUAAACGCAAGUUCUGGGAUAUUUUUGUCAAUGAGGGACGUAUUUCACAGUAUGUCGAGCAGCAUGGCGACUUCAAGACGGACAAGUAUACGUUGGACACUGGCUGGGAUUUCACGAGGAAGUCACAUCGCGAAGCGUUCUUUGAUAAAUUACGACGUGAAAGGCCAGGGGAAGUUUGGAUUUCACCGCCAUGUACGCUGUGGUCUUCGAUCAACACGCUGAACGACGCGAGUAAGGACAACAGAUAUCGGCAGCAACGCAGACGAGAGCGAGAGAAGCAGAAGAAAGAGUUUCUGAAGUUCAGCCGGGACAUCUACGACGAGCAGCAGAAGAACGAGAGGAACGCGCAUUUGGAGCAUCCCAGGUACGCGACGUCGUGGAGCGAGGACGUCUGGCAGGACAUGGAAGGAUACGACACGUUCGUGGACCAGUGCGCGCACGGGCUGAAGGCGCUGGACCGCGACGGGCGCAGGAUCGGUCCGAUCAAGAAGCCCACGAACGUGCGGACGACCAAGUACAAGAUGCACGAGGGACUCUGGAGGCGUUGCAGCUGUAAGGAGAAACACGUUAUGCUGGAAGGAGCUCGCAACAUGCGCGGAGUGGAGAACUACCCGAGGAGUAUGGCGUUUCAGGCGGCAAUCUGCAUCGUGGACGACCCGCAGAACGAGUCAAGCUACGCCGUGGAGGAGAUGACGCAAGAGGAGUUUGACAAGAUCGAGUACAAAGAAGUUUGGAAUAAUUUACUUGAGAAGUUCACGCUCGACGAGGUCAAGUGGGUUGAGAAGGUGCAUGUGCAGAUGGGUCACCCAUCGAGCGAAGCGUUGGCGGCAGCACUCAAGGAGAUGAACGCGGAUGAUCGUUUGGUGAGCUGCGCGCGGAUUUAUAUUUGUGAGAUAUGCUUGAAACGACAGAGGCCUAAACCAGUACGGAUCGCCAGGAUUCCAAAAGAUAGAGGUUUCAACGACACGAUCGACAUAGACACUUUUCACGUGAAGUGGAACGACAAGCACAAGCUGAUUUUUACGAUUAUGGACGAGAGCUCGCGAUACGAGGUCGACACGGUGGUGCCAGACGAAAAAGCGAAGACCGAGAUAAAGGCGAUCGAGAAAAACUGGAUCAAUUGGGCUGGUGUGCCAGUGCGUAUUCGGGCUGAUCAAAGUGGUGCGCAUGUGAGUGAGGAAUUUUCGGAGUGGUGCGACAUGCGGCAGAUAAAAUUGCAGCUCAUACCGAGAGACGCUCAUCAUCGACUCGGGAUCCUUGAAAGGAAUCACCAAGUACGACGAGAGCAGAUUGCCAAGUAUCACGAGGACCGACCGGACGACAGCCUGAAGGUUACGGUGCGAGUGACGUGCGACAUGAGGGAUCGGCUACGUAACGUUCGAGGGUUUACUCCAGCGCAGCGUGCGCUAGGACGGCAGCCCAGAGAUCUGGGCCACAUGGCGGACGAGCCGACGACGAUGGGCGAUCUUGGAGAGCACGACGAGGGAUUCUACCAGAACCUGGGUCGCAGGCGAGACGCGGCCAAGGCCUACUUCGCGGCGAAUAUGUCGAGGGCAGUGCGAGAGGCUUUAGCGGCUCGCAACAGACCCUUAGCGAAGGAGUUCCAGAUCGGCGAGUACGUCUACUUCUGGAGGCGCGACAAGGGCGAGAGCGACUUGAUCAAGAGUUAUUGGAAGGGGCCGGCGAUGGCGACGCAGGUCGAGUACACGGACGACCCCGACAAGCUGAGGCAGUCAGUCAUCUGGUGCGUGCAUAACAACACGCUGCUCAGGACGACGCCCGAGUUGCUGAGGCCAGAGCUACCAGAGGAGCGGCGACAACGCGAGGAGGCAGAUGAUGAUUUCGGUCUACCCUUGUCGACGGCGGAGAGAUUGCUCAAGAAGUUGAAGAGCACGACCGGCUCCAUCAAGUACAAGGAUUGCGUUGGCGACGCGCUCGGGGACCCAGAGGACCACGUAGACGACGGACGGCCCGAGGACAUGGACAUGGACGCUGCAGGCGUGGACACUGAUGGCAAGGUGGAGGAGCCAGUCGAGGAGCGUGCUCAUCAUGACGAAAGGACGAGGAGCAGCGAAGAAGCCGAGCCAGCCGAGCGCGAGGUGAAGGAGGAGCAGCCGCAGUCAGCGGCGGCCGAGUCUCGACCCGAAACCGAUCCACCGGGAGCCGAUGGCGGGCGAGAACCUCAUCUCGAGGCACCAAGCCAAGAGAAAGAAGAGGACGCUAAACCGGCGGCCAUAGUGGAGAAGCGGAAGGUGGACGACAGGGACGAGUUACUGGAGAGCAUUAAUGCGGCAAGACGGCUCGACGGGCUCAAACCGUUGGCUAAGAGACCAAGGAUGACACCGAUGGAGACAGAGACCAUCAAGACGGACACAGGCGACGACGAGCUGCUACUGCUGUACGAGGACGAGGAUAUGAUCUACCUCACGAACGCGGCGAAGCGCGACGCUGUGGUGGAGGCCAGGCUCACGCCGGACGAGAAGGUGCAGUUCGACGAGGCCAAGACCAAGGCAUUGCUACCCUGGAUCGAGAACCAGGCGUGGCAGGCGGUGAACGAGGCGACGGCGGGAGCUGGCGAAGUGUGUCCGAUGAGGUUUCUGUUGAAGUGGAAGAUGAAGGACGGAGUUCGAGAGGCAAAUGCGCGAGUGAUUCUUCAAGGACUUCACUUGGAGGAGGUGACGAGCACUAACGUGGAGGAGGCAAGCCCUACUCUGACGAGGCUCGCGAGGUACCUCAUCCUGCUCAUCCUGUGCCAGCAGUCGUGGAAGAUGGUGGCAGCUGACGUGAAGAGCGCAUUCCUCCAGGCCAAAGACAUUCGUGAGCAGGGAGUGCGCAUUUUCAGCAGACCGACGAAGGACAUCCGAAGGAGGUUGGCGAAGAUGAUGGGCCUAAAGGACGACGAGAUAUUGCAGAUGCUGAAGCCAGCUUUCGGGGAUGUUCGCGCUCCCAGGCAGUGGAAUCAGACGAUCACGGAGGCCAUGAUCGACAUCGGAUUUCUUCAACACCAGUUGGAUCGGUGCUGUUUUCUGUCGCACCGCAUCGCGGCCGACGGCGACGACCCCUUUCUGGUGUGGAGCGCAGACGACGGACAGAACUACGUACUGGACGGUAUUUUGGGUUUACACGUGGACGACUUCAUCGGCGGCGGCGAGAACUUGGAGCGCGAGGCCGACCUGACCGACAAGCAGGCCUACGAGGGCACGUUCCUGGACAGGGUGCAGACUCUCAGCAGGCGCUUUAAGUUCGGCAAGUGGGAGUUUCAGAACGGUACUGUUUUCUGUGGCAUGGAGACCACGCAGUCGCAGUCAAGGAACGAGAUCGAGGUCAAGGCCGAGCAGUACAUCCACAAGGUGAAGCCGAUUAGCAUCGAGAAGGUACGCCGCCAGCACCCGGACGAUUUGUGCACGCCGAAGGAGAUAAGCCAGCUACGAGGACUUAAUGGAGCUAUGCAGUGGCCGGCAUCUCAGCGCAUGGUGCAGGCGGCGGCGACAGUUUCUUUUGCCCAAGGUGACGUGAGCAAAGCUACGGUUGGAAGUUUGCUGGAGGCCAACAAGUCAUUGCGGUUCCUGAAGGCGAGUGGCGACGUGGGUAUCCGUAUUCGUUACGUGUCCAAGUGGGAGCAGUUACGACUUGGAGUGUAUUGGGACGCUUCAUGGGCAACAAGACUUAACGGAGAGUCGCAAGGAGGCUACAUGAUCUUCGCGAUCGAGGACGACAAGAUCGACGACGGCCAGGCCACGUUUUUGGUUAUCAUCGAUUGGACGAGCAAGAAGUUGGUUCGCAUUUGCAGGAGUUCUCUGUCCGGGGAGGCUCAGGCGGCGGCCAACGCGGUGGACGCUCUGGAGUUCGCGAAGACGAUGCUGACCACGAUGCUCUACCCCAACAUGCAGCUGACGGGGCCGGACAUGUUGCAGGUGCUAGGGCGAAGCCCGUGUAUCACAGACUGCAAGGCGCUCUACGACGCAACCAAUUCUCAGGCGCCAGCCGGUGGCCUGACGGAGCGCAGGACGGGCAUCGAGAUCAUGCAAGUGAACGAGAAGAUGAAGGAGUUCGGCGGAGUGUGGAGAUGGACGAAUACACAUCAGCAGAUGGCGGACGGGCUGACUAAGUUGCAGGUGCGGCAGCAGUUCGUGGAGAAGCUGAGGAGAAUGACACACGCGCUGAAGUACGACGCAACGUUCACUGCAGGCAAGAAGGUCAGCCAGCAAGAGCGUAACAAGAACGAGCAGGAGCUGAACGACGCGGCGGCCGACUUCGACGAGGCGAAUGCAGUGGGCCAGACACCAGAUGAAGUGCCAGCGCGAGAGAUGGUCAAAGCGACGAGGGCAGGUACCAGGACAGCACAGAGACUCGCGGCGCUGGUGGCGAUCACGGCGGCUACGACGACAAAAGCAGAGGAGACAUGCCCAAGCCUGGACAUCAACGAGACGCAGUGGAUCUACGUGACCGUGCUCACGAUGUUGCUGGUUGUGAUGGUGCUGGUUUGCGGCUGUUGUUUGUGUGUGACGUGCUACAUCAAACGGGCGAAUGAGCGAUUCUGGAGAACAAAUAACGCGGAGACGAAACGCUGUUUGAAAGAUACGCCAGACUCAUGCGGAGACGACAACGCCGAGUAUAUGCAGAUGAAGAUAAAGAUGAGUGAGCAAGCCGACGAGAUCGAGCGCUUAAAAGAAAAGAACGAAGGGCAACGGACUAAGAUCGAAGAGAGAGCCAAGCAGAUAGUCGACAUGCAGCCAGACAUGGAGAAGCUGAUGACGGAUUUCGAGCAGCGCGGCUAG